AUGUCAAACAAUCAAUCUGACACUCCCUGUUGUAAUAAUAUAUUCCAAAAUCUAACAUUAGUAUCAAAUUCAUCAUCUUCUGCACAAGAGCAACAACAAUUGCCAAAGAACAGUUUAUCAGAGCCAUCCACUCCACGUACACCAGCUGAAACUCUAAGAAUGUCGAAAGAAGUAGAACAAUUGAUCAACAACAACCACGAAUGGAGCAAGCGUAUGACACAAGAGGAUCCAGUGUAUUUCUCGCAGCUCGCCGAAUCACAGACUCCAAAGUUCUUGUGGAUCGGUUGUGCCGACUCGCGUGUGCCAGCCGAGAAGCUUACAGGUCUUGGUCCGGGAGAGUUGUUUGUACAUCGUAAUGUCGCCAAUCUCGUCGUUCACACCGAUCUAAACUGUCUUUCCGUCGUGCAGUACGCUGUCGAUGUACUCAAGGUCGAGCACAUCAUUAUUUGCGGUCACUACGGUUGUGGAGGUGUUGCUGCUGCCAACGACAAUCCAGAGUUGGGUCUUAUCAACAACUGGUUGCUCCACAUCCGUGAUUCCAUCUUCAAGCACAACGACCUCCUCCAAAACCUACCACGUAAGAGAAUGUUGGACGUUCUCUGCGAGUUGAAUGUCGUCGAGCAAGUAAACAAUCUCGGUAACUCUACCAUCAUGCAAAGCGCCUGGAAGCGUGGACAAAAAGUCGAUAUCCACGGUUGGGUCUAUGGUAUUCAUGACGGUUAUCUCCGUGACUUGGAAAUCACUGCACACUCUCGUGAGUCAUUGGAAGCCAACUAUCGUAACUCCAUCGCUAAACUGAAAGAAAAAGAUGUAUAA